AUGACUCGUCCUGGAAAGCGGCGUCUGGUGCACAGCGAUGCCAGCGAAAGCGAGUCGGACGACGGCCUGUCGGUGUUCAGCGCACCUCAGUCUCAGGCCACACCGCCGCCCCCUUCACAGCUCUCCACCUCCCGGUUCCAGAAACCACGCGCCAGCACGCCUCGAGAAGCGCGCCAAGUCCUGUACCCCCGCCUGCCGUUCACCAGGCAGUUCACACCCAUCGACCCAGUGCAAAUUGCGCUGCACAACGUCUGCUCCUCCGACUUCUACGUCGGCUCUCCCGGGAUCACGCGCAGAGUCAAGUGGCAAAAGUACAAGGACCACAGCAUCUUGCUCGUCAAAGGUGCGGAGAGGGACACCGAAGCUGAACUGGAGUGGGUCGGGGAAGUCGACGCGAUGACCUCAUCCUACAACCUUUAUGUCUGUGGUAAUUGGACGGGUCGAUAUGGGGACUUCACCUCUGCGAAGGCGCGCGCACAGAUCGUCAAGCCGACGAGAGAGCGCUGGGGGUGUGUUGCGGAGGAAUGGGAGAAGGUUGUGGCGGGCUUCAAAGCGAUUCGGGACUCCAAGUCUACCCCCGGCGCUAGCUUAAGUGAUGGCAAUCAAGUCGUUUAUGACUCGCAAGCACCCUCAAGUGUGAAAGUGAGGCAUGCAGUAUUCGAAGUACUCAUUUAG